GGAACCCUAGACGUCGGUCGCUCUUGUCAACGUACCACCAUGGACGAAUCCGCCAUCAAAGGUCUGGAUUUGAGCGACAGUGGUGCAGACGCUCCACGCAUAUUCUCCACGAUUUCCGUCGAGGGAUAUGACACUUGGCUUCCAAAGUAUUAUAUCGAGCUCGCCUUGGAAAAACAUUUCUCCUCAUGUGGAGAGAUCAUACUUAUUUAUGUCCCCACAGACUUUGAAAUGCGUCUCCUCAAGAGUGUUGCAUUCGUUAGGUUCGAGGGAGGAGCUGCCGAAGAAGAGGCAUUGAAACUUAAUGGAACUGACGCGGGAGGAUGGACUGCAACAGUUAAGCCUGCUCCCUCGCAGACACAAUUCGGGGAUGAUCCUUGGUGUGUUGAUCCUAAUUGUGCUGAUCCUUUGUGUCCCGAUUUUUGGUGUCCUUCUCCCUUGAACGACAAAAAACAUGAGAUCUGCGUUACUGGAUUUGAUGCUUCGCUUCCUAAGAUAGAUCUCCAGAUGGCGCUCUGUAAACAUUUCUCUUCAUGUGGAGAGGUCUGGGAAGUUAAUGUGCUCCCUUGUUCAGCUUACCUUCAUCUUAGAGGACAAGGAUCUGUACGCAAGGCGCUGAAACUAAGUGGAUGUAACAUGGGUAAUAUGACUCUCGUUGUUGGACGUCUUGUGACCGGACCCCCAAAAAGAAGGGGGUGCACCAGUUCUAUCGGCAAGCCGGACCCAAGGUUUUUACUUGAAUCUUGUAAUAAGAAGAAGAAGAUGGGGACUGAGUCUGAGACGUCUGGGUCUGACACGUCUGAGUCUGAGUCUGAGAUGUAGACCGCAAAGAUGAAGAAGACGAUGGCGAUGGAGAUGAUGAUGAAGAAGAAGAAGAAGAAGAUGGAGAAGACGAAGAUGGAGAUGAGGAAGUCGCAAAUGGAGAGGAGGAAGAGUCGGACAUAGACGGAGAUUGAGACGGAGAAGUAGAAGGCUCUCUCUUAGGAGAAGACGAACCUCGUUGGUGCUUUUAACUGUGGUACAAAUAAUGCAACCUUUGUUUUCUCUUAUCACUUCGGUUUUUUCUUGUGUGUUUGUCUCCAUGUUAAAAGUAUUAAGUAAGCUCAAUAAUCAAUAUCUGCUUUCAUGCAUGUAUAUGUAUAUAAUGAUAUGCCUUUCUUUC